UGAAUUGUGGGAGAGAAAGCUUUAACUAUAACAAACAUUUUUGUUAUUAUGCACCAGUAGCUGCCCGUUUUUUGCCCAAAUUCUGCGAAAUAAAAUGGAGAAUGUGCAUCUGGCAGUAGAGGAGGAUGACCUUUAUUCGGGUUACAACGACUACAAUCCCGCAUUCGAAUGCGAGGAGUUGGAUAACGAUGUGGGCUUCCAGCAGGCAGUUAGGACUAGUUAUGGAAGAAGACCUCCGAUGACUGCGAGGAUUCCAGGCACUGCAAUUGGAGGUCGACCUUUAGCAUCAUCCUUUGGGUCCCGCGUCCCAAUGGCUUCAUCACUGGGAAGACCCAUGACUGGAGCUGUGCAGGAUGGAGCUGCCCGUCCGAUGACUGCUGUCACAGCUGCAGGUUUCUCCUCCUCACUGAUGCGUGGCUCGAUGUUCGACCCUCUGGGCCAGUCCAGGGGCCCUGCCCCUCCACUCGAAGCAAAGAGUGAAAACACUGUGGAAGAGAAGAUCAAGAUCAUGGAGAAGAAAGUGAAUGACCUGGUGGAGGAGAGCUGCAUGGCGCAGAUCACGGGCGCUUUACAGCUGGCGCUCCAAAAAGCCAAAGAGGCAGGCAGGAAGGAACGAGUGCUGGUCAGACAGAGGGAACAGUCGGGCAACACAGAACACAUCAACAUAGACCUCACUUAUUCUGUUUUGUUCAACCUCGCCAACCAGUAUGCAAACAAUGAAAUGUACCCGGAGGCUCUGACUACCUACCAGGUCAUCGUGAAAAACAAGAUGUUCAGUAACGCAGGCCGACUCAGAGUCAAUAUGGCCAACAUCUACUUUAAACAGAAGAACUACCUUAAAGCUAUCAAAUUCUACCGCAUGGCGCUGGAUCAGAUCUUCGCCGAUCACAAGGAAAUGAGGAUCAAAAUCAUGCAGAACAUCGGAGCGGUGUUUGUCCACCUGGGCCAGUACUCCGACGCCAUAACGUCUUUCGAGCACAUCAUGAGCGAGAGUCCCAACAUAAAGACUGGAUACAACCUUAUCCUGUGCUACUAUGCUAUUAGAGACAGAGAGAGGAUGAAGCAGGCCUUUCAGAAGCUCAUUUCCGUCCCUCUUGGGAUUGAUGAUGAAGAGAAGUACAUCCUAGCAAGUGAUGACCCCAGUUCCAAUAUGGUCAUCGAAGCCACUAGAAAUGACAAGCUGCAUCAGAUGGAAAGAAACCUGAAAAUCCAGGCUGAGAAGUACAUCAUGACAGCAGCCAAGCUAAUCGCUCCAGCUAUAGAGACGUCCUUUGCCAGCGGUUUUGACUGGUGUGUUGACAUGGUAAAGAGCUCUCAAUAUGUGGAGUUUGCCAGUGAUCUGGAGAUCAACAAAGCCAUCACAUACAUCAGACAGCAGGACUAUAAUCAGGCGGUGGAAAUAUUAAAAACAUUUGAAAAGAAAGACAGCAGAGUGAAAGGUGUGGCAGCCACUAACCUUACUUCCCUCUAUUUCUUGGAGAAGGACUACGAGCAGGCGGAGCGAUACGCUGACCUGGCUAUUAACACUGAUCGUUAUAGUCCAGCUGUACUUGUCAACAAGGGAAACAUGGUGUUUGUCAUGAAGGACUAUGAAAGGGCUGCUGAGUUCUACAAAGAGGCACUGAGGAAUGACUCCUCGUGCACUGAGGCGCUCUAUAACCUGGGUUUGACCUAUAAGAGACAGAGCAGACUGGAGGAGGCUUUAGACUGUUUCCUGAAGCUUCAUGCCAUUCUGAGGAACAGCUUCCAGGUCAUUUAUCAGCUGGCCGACCUCUACGAGAUGCUAGAAGAUCCUCAACAGGCGAUCGAGUGGCUGAUGCAGGUCACGCCCACAGAUCCACAUGUACUGGCCAAACUGGGAAAGCUGCACGACGAGGAAGGGGACAAGUCCCAGGCUUUUCAGUGCUACAAUGAGUCUUUCAGGUACUUUCCGUCAAACGUUGAUGUGAUCGAGUGGCUCGGGGCUCACUACGUGGAGACCCAGUUCUGUGAGAAGGCCAUCCAGUACUUUGAACGAGCAGCUCUCAUACAGCCCACCCAGGUGAAGUGGCAGAUGUUAGUCGCAAGCUGUUAUAGAAGAAGCGGAAACUAUCAGAAAGCUCUUGAAACCUACAAAGAGAUCCAUCAAAGGUUUCCAGAAAACACGGACUGUCUAACCCUCCUGGUGAGGCUCUCGGCUGACAUGGGACUGAAGGAAGUCCAAGAUUUUGCAACCAAGCUGAAGAAGUUGGAGAAGAUGAAGGAGAUGAAAGAGCAGAGGGUGAAGUCAGGCAGAGAGAGCAGUGCCAGGGGUCGCAGAGAAGGCAGGGAAGGCGGCACUGGGAGUGCUGAAUCUCCGCCGGACACCAAACAGUCCAGCCCUCUGUUGGACCCAGAGCGAGACAGCGGCCGCAGCAGCAGCGGCUCCAAAGGAGAGCGUCUGAGCGCCAAGAUGAGGUCACUUCCUGGUUCCAAUGAGCCUUAUGAAGCCAGAAGCCCUAAAGAACUUGAUGCAUCAUACGUUGAUCCGCUGGGGCCUCAGAUGGAAAGACCAAAGACGGGGGUCAAGAGGCUGGUGGAUGACGAUGACUUUGCAGAUGAGGAGCUGGUGGAUGAGCUGCUACCGGAGUAGAGGCAUCGACUACCUUCUGAAAUCAGAAUCUUUAUAAUCUGCUCAUAAUGGGGGGUCUUCAUCACCCCCAUCAAAGCUGAGGAGGAAGAAGAGCUGAAGGUUCUCCUGUGAUGGAUCUGCAGGAUAAAAUUUUUUAUUAUGUGUGAAUAAUAUGUAACUAUAAACACAGAACAUUUCUCAGCAGACUGAACUUUGUUGUUGAACUUAUUGCUAUUUAUUCAUUCUCUUUUUAAGUUUAAUUAAAUUUGUAAUAAAAUCUGUUU